UCAUCACUAAACAAAACAAAACAGUGUUGAGCUUGGAAGUAGAAGCAAGGCAAGCAACUAUGGACAUCGAUUGGAAUGAGAUUUUAGAUUUCGGCGACAGUGCUGUCACAGAUGUUGACUCAAAGCUAAAGAUCUUGAAAUUUAGUUAUAGUUGGGCAGAUGCCGUUGAAGAGAAGGAGAGACUUGUGGAGGCCCAAAAGCAAGAAGACAUGGAAAGAGUGCUGAAUAAAGAGAUAACAGGGGAACAGACAAAGAGCAAACACAUUGACAACAUCAGAGAGGAAACAGAUUUUGGCAAUGAACCUGUUAAAGACUGGAGAAAAAAGCUUCAGAUUUUAAAGUUUGACUAUUCGUGGGCAGAGAGGGUUGAGGAAGAGGAAAGAAGAACUGAGUUAGCUAAUACUGUGGGACAGAGAACUGGAGUGGAGAGAAGCAGACUUGAGUCAACUCAUAGAAGAAAGCAGAAAGACAACUUCAGGGAAAAGAGAUAUGAUGCAAAGAAGCUUCCAAACAACUCAGUAAAAAGACAAAAUUAUUCUCGAAGAAUAAAACAAGAGAUCUUCACACCAACAACAGAACAAAGAAAGAAUGUGAAUAUAUAUAACAAGAGAGAUUUUCCUAAAGAGGGCCAACAAAUUACAAACACUGGUCUAACAGAAAAACAGUCUCCCACUGAAAGGAUAAAGUUAGCAGAGCUGAGAAAAGCAGAUAAACAAGUUAUCCCGGCAGAAAAGAAGUCAGCCCGGCUUAUCACAGAGGAAAAAAAGUCAGCCAAGCUUAUCACUGAGGAAAAGUCAGCUGAGCUUAUCACAGAGGAAAAGUCAGUUGAGCUUAUCCCUGAGGAAGAGUCAACCCAGCUUAUCCCAGAGGAAAAGUCAGCCAAGCUUAUCAAAGAGGAAAAGUCAGCCGAGCUUAUCACACAGGAAAAGUCGGCUGAGCUUAUCACAGAGAAAAAGUCAGCCGAGCUCAUCACAGAGGAAAAGUCAGCCCAGGUUAUCUCUGAGAAAAAGUCAGCCAAUCUCAUCAGUGAGGAAAAGUCAGUCAAGCUUAACACUGAGCAAAAGUCAGCCCAGGUUAACACAGAGGAAAAGUCAGCUGAGCUUAUCAUAGAGGAAAAGUCAGCCGAGCUUAUCACAGAGGAAAAGUCAGCCCAGCUUAUCACUGAGGAAAAGUCAGUUGAGCUUAUCCCCGAGGAAAAGUCAGCCAAGCUUAUCACUGAGAAAAAAUCAGCCCAGGAUAGCACAGAGGAAAAGUCAGCCAAGGUUAGCACAGAGGAAAAUUCAGCCAAACUUAUCACAGAGGAAAAGUCAUGCAAGCUUAUCACAGAGGAAAAGUCAGGCAAGCUUAUCACUGAGGAAAGGUCAGCCAAGCUUAACCCAGCGGAAAAGUCAGCCAAGCUUAACACAGAGGAAAAGUCAGCCAAGCUUAUCACAGAGGGAAAGUCAGCUGAGCUUAUCACUGAGGAAAAGUCAGCUGAGCUCAUCACAGAGGAAAAGUCAGCUGAGCUCAUCACAGAGGAAAAGUCAGCCGAGCUCAUCACUGAGGAAAAUUCAGCCCAGGUUAUCACAGAGGAAAAGUCGGCCCAGCUUAUCACUGAGGAAAGGUCAGCCAAGCUUAUCACUGAGGAAAAGUCAGCCCAGGUUAACGAAGAGGAAAAGUCAGCUGAGCUUAUCACAGAGGAAAAGUCAGCUGAGCUUAUCACAGAGAAAAAGUCAGCAAAGCUUAUCACAGAGGAAAAGUCAGCCAAGCUUAUCACAGAGGAAAAGUCAGCUGAGCUCAUCACAGAGGAAAAGUCAGCCAAGCUUAUCACUGAGGAAGAGUCAGCCCAGGUUAUCACAGAGGAAAAGUCAGCCCAGCUUAUCACUGAGGAAAAGUCAGCCAAGCUUAUCACUGAGGAAAAGUCAACCCAGGUUAACACAGAGAAAAAGUCUGCUGAGAUUAUCACAGAGGAAAAGUCUGCUGAGCUUAUCACAGAGAAAAAGUCAGCCAAGCUUAUCAAAGAUGAAAAGUCAGCUGAGCUUAUCACUGAGGAAAAGUCAGCCCAGCUUAUCACAGAAGAAAAGUCAGCUAAGCUGAUCACAGAGGAAAAGUCAGCCCAGGUUAACAAAGAGGAAAAGUCAGCCAAGCUUAUCACAGAGGAAAAGUCAGCUGAGCUUAUCACAAAGAAUAAGUCAGCCAAGCUUAUCACAGAGGAAAAUUCAGCCAAGCCUAUCACUGAGGGAAAGUCAGUCCAGAUUAUCCCAGAGGAAAAGUCAGCCAAGCUUAUCACUGAGGAAAAAUCAGCCCAGGUUAACACAAAGGAAAAGUCAGCCAAGUUUAUCACAGAGGAAAAGUCAGCUGAUCUUAUCACAGAGAAAGAGUCAGCCAAGCUUAUCAAAGAGGAAAAGUCAGCCCAGGUUAUCACAGAGGUAAAGUCAGCCAAGCUUAUCACUGAGAAAAAUUCAGCCGAGCUUAUCACUGAGGAAAAGUCAGCUGAGCUUGUCACAGAGGAAAAUUCAGCCAAGCUUAUCACAGAGGAAAAGUCAGCUGAGCUAAUCACAGAGAAUAAGUCAGCAAAGCUUAUCACAAAGGAAAAGACAGCCAAGCUUAUCACAGAGAAAAAGUCAGCCCAGGUUAAUGUAGAGGAAAAGUCAGCUGAGCUGAUCACAGAGGAAAUGUCAGCUGAGCUUAUCACUGAGGAAAAGUCAGCCCAGGUUAACACAGAGGAAAAGUCAGGUGUGCUUAUCACUGAGAAAAAUAUAGCCGAGCUUAUCACUGAGGAAAAGUCAGCCGAGCUUGUCAAAGAGGAAAAUUCAGCCCAGCUUAUCACAGAGGAAAAGUCAGCCCAGGUUAUCACAGAGGAAAAGUCAUCCAAGCCUAUCACUGAGGAAAAGUCAGCCCAGGUUAUCACAGAGGUAAAGUUAGCUGAGCUUAUCACAGAGAAAAAUUCAGCGGAGCUUAUCACUGAGGAAAAGUCAGCUGAGCUUGUCACAGAGGAAAAUUCAGCCAAGCUUAUCACUGAGGAAAAGUCAGCCAAGCUUAUCCCAGAGGAAAAGUCAGCCAAGCUUAACACAGAGGAAAAGUCAGUCGAGCGUAUCACAGAGGAAAAGUCAGCUGAGCUUAUCAAUGAGGAAAAGUCAGCCCAGCUUAUCACUGAGGAAAAGUCAGACGAGCUUAUCACUGAGGAAAAGUCAGCCCAGCUUAUCCCAGAGGAAAAGUCAGCCAAGCUUAUCACUGAGGAAAAGUCAGUCCAGGUUAACACAAAGGAAACGUCAGCCAAGCUUAUCACUGAGGAAAAGUCAGCCCAGGUGAUCACAGAGAAAAAGUCAGCCGAGCUUAUCACAGAGAAAAUGAAGUCACCAAACCUUGGAUUAUCAACAGAUCCAGAAUGUCUUGUGGUGUCAAAGAAUCAAGAUACUCCAAUCAAUACAGAGAAAUCAUUUUUACAUGAGCUUCUGAAGGAAGACAUUGCUGAUGAAUACAUUAACAAUGAUAAUAAACGUGAAGAUGAUGAUUACGAUGAUGAUGAUGAUGAUGAUGGCCUGUUUGGCCCUAGAAGGCUCUUCUUCUUUGGUGUUGACUAUUUUAAGGGUGCUAAAAAAUCCAUUUGGUGAAAACAAACAAAAGCUUGAUGGAAGGACAGAAGAAUAGUUCGGAGGAAAACCGAAAAAAAUUGUUAUAUAAAUGUAAUAAAUG